AUGGUGGUCAUUUUUUUCAGUGAAAGAUGCCUGUUAAAUUAUGUUUCUCCUUUAGGUUUUUGGGGACUUGUGAACAACGCAGGAAUAUCAACAUUUGGCGAGACAGGAUGGCUCUCCAUGGAGAAAUACGAAAAAUUUGCAGAUGUGAAUCUUCUUGGGAGCAUCAGAACAACCCUGGCCUUUCUUCCUCUUCUAAGGAAAUACAAGGGACGCAUUGUUUUUAUGUCCAGCAUUAUUGCCUAUUUUACUCUGGGAAAUGGCAUUUAUUCUAUGACCAAGGCAGCUAUGGAAAAAUUUUGUGAUGCUCUAAGAUUGGAAAUGAAAAAGUUUGGUGUUCUGGUCUGUAUUAUUCAGCCUGGAAAUUAUGCACGUUCUACAAAAAUUCAGCCGCCAGUCAGUGCAGAGGAGAUUUGGAAUGAACUCAGUGAAGAGGAAAAGGAAGUUUACAAUAAAGAAUAUGUUGAAGAGCGGGCAAACUUUUUCAACAGCAUUGUCAAUGCAGGCAGCACUAAGGGCAAUGAAGUUGUAGAUGCUAUGGUACAUGCUUUAAUGUCUCCUGCGCCCAAGGCACGCUAUAUGGUUGCAAAACUAAAGGAAAAACUACUGGUGUUUGUAUGUGCUUGGUUUCCUACUGUCGUAAUGGAUUCAAUUUUAUCUUAUGCACUGAGUAACGUAAAGCUCACGUAGCCAACAUUGGUGCUGCUCAGUGACGCGGACUGGGUCACUUUUUAGACUAUAAUGACUUAAUGCCCCUCCAAAAAUCAGGCUAAUAACAACAGUUAACUCACACGAACAUUGUAGGGUAUCCUAGUACAUCAGUUAACUCACAUGAACGUUGUAGGGUAUCCUAGUCAGAACUGUGACUUUUUUUUGUAGGGGAACACAUCUAGGACCUCAUAUAAAACUAAUAUAUUUGUCUAGGUAGCUGUGUUUUUCCCAAGAGGAAAAAAAACAGGCCCCUUAUGCUGCUUUUAGGUAUUGCCUAGAAAAUGUAAUGCA